CGCCAACGGCCGUCACCUUGAAGGUGAAAGUCCCGCCAGGAUACAUUGAAGGCGGUAGCGACGAGUUCGCGAUUGGAUCGGUACCUGUGGCCUCAACGAUCGGUGCAAUUAGACAGCAGAUACAGCAGGUAGUGCCGUCACAUCCUCCGCCGGAGAGGCAACGAAUCCUGUAUGGCGGUAGAGCGUUGGUAGAGAACGAACAAACGCUGGAGGAUGCUUUGAACACGAGAAGGGACACAAGUCAGACCGAAUAUGUGGUUCAUUUGCUUGUCAGGGGAGACAUCUCCUAUCAGCCGCCAGGUACGGAAGGUACAGCAGGGCAUAGAACAGCUGCGAACAUACCUACCGUAGCUGGAACAGGACCGGACGGCAUGAAUCAGCAACCCCAACAACCACGCCAACUGCCGCCUCAACUACCAGUGCCCCCGGGUUUCAUGCAGAACCCAUUCGUGGGCCUCCAAGGCUUUCCGCAAGUUCAUGGAGGACUCAUGCCGCCGCAGCAUUUCUUCGGCGUGCCGCCUCACGCUCCGCCACAGAUGAUGGGCGGGGUGCCUGGCAUUCCUUUCGCUCAGCGCCCUGGUCAGCCUCCCAUGUUUGCGCAAGCAGUGGCGCACCAUCAGCAGCAGAGAGCAGCGAUGGGCAUGCAAGGCUUACAGGCACCACGGCGGGAACAAGGUGCGCCUCAAGCGGACGGCGCGACUCCUCAGCCCGUCGACCUUCAAGCGAACGAUACCAACGGUCAACCUCAACCACCGGGAGAUGGCCAAGGUCAACCACACACAACUCAAGCCGUCCCGGGCCAGCACUUUCCGCAACCUCAUCAUCGGCCCGUUAGCGGUCAGGGUUUCCACUUCGAAGGCGUACGAGCUGAUGGGCAGCGUGUGCAGAUUCACCAACAAACCCUACAGUUUCCUGCACAACCCUUGAAUCUAGGCAUAGCUGCACUACCGCAAAUGCCACCUCUCUUCCCGUUAGCACAACCGCUGCAGCAAGCACCCCCUCAAAACAAUGGCGGCUUUACCGCACUUGACCGAGCUCGUGAUAACCUUGCUGAGAUGCGCCGGGUUCUCGAUCGAAUGCAAGCGCGCACUGGUGGAACAGAAGAGGAGCAACGAACCGAAGUCGCUGAUUUGCAGGAGAGGUUGCGUAGGGUGAACGAUUAUGUAGACCCAUUCCACGUCCAUGGCCUACCGAGAGCCGGCGCCAACACUAGCAAUACCGGCAGAGAGGCGGCCGCGCCGGCUGAAGCGCCGGUGCAGCAGGCUCAACAACCGCAGCCGCUCCCACCACCACCUUCAUUCACGCAGGCUCCGCUCUUCCGCAAUCCGUUGUUCGGCAAUCCCAUACAGAUGCAGCAACAGCAACCGACGCAGAGGGCUAUGAGCUCGAAUGAAGCGACCUGCUAUCUUCUCUCUGGGCCACAAGGUCCUCAAGCGCUGUUGUUCUCCCCUCAGCAUGGCACCUACAUUGGCACGCUUGCUAAUUCUGUCUCACCUCCCACACAACCUAGGACGACGCUUCAUGCGGCGACCGCCACGACUCCUCAAGCCGGUCAACAAGGCGCACAAGGUUUUCAGCAAGCGCCGCGCGCUGACCAUGCUGUAGCAGCAGGUGGUCAGCAAGUGCUUGACGUUGCCGGCGGCCAACAGCAGGUGCAGGCAGCCGCAGCAGAUCCUAUGGGACCUAUGCAGCCGAUGCUCAAUCACAUGUGGCUGCUUCUACGUGUCUUAAUCUUUGCGUAUUUCUUGCUUGGUUCUAACAUGGGCUGGCGCAGACCUGCUGCACUUAUGAUGAUAGGCUUCGGAUUUUGGAUGAUCAGGGCUGGUCUGUUCGGAGAAGGUGGCGUGAUCAGGCGGUGGUGGGAAGGCGUGAUGCAGAUUGAGCAGCAGAGACCGGCGCAGCAAGGACAGCAACAUGGGCAACCUCAAGGUGAGGGGGCCACUGAUGGCCAAGAGCAGGCUGCGCAGCAAGAUGGUGGUGCGCGUCAAGCCGCAGCAAGAGGUGCUAUGCCGACGCCUGAGCAAGUAGCUCAGCGUCUUCUGAACGAGCACAACCAGCGCGGCAACGCACGAGCUCAACAGCUGAGGGAGUACACUCGGCCGGUCGAGCGUGCAAUAGCGCUAUUCUUCGCAAGUCUCGUUCCUGGGAUUGGCGAGGCUCAGGUGAGGGCCCGAGAGGCGGAGGAGAGGCGGAGGAACGAGGAGGAGGUCGCUGCAAGAAGGCGAGAGGAGGAAGAAAGGCAAAGGCCGCAGGAGGAAGUUCGAUAGAUGCCUUUUACUGACGUCCUUGUAUUUUAUCUAUUACCCAAUUUAGCUGACUAACAUCAUCACUGAUCGCCAC